AUGGCUGAAGCGCUUGAUUCGCUUGACGAAGGAGACUUGAGAGCUCUGAUCGUCAUGUCCAUUGACGCUGUCCGACAGCAGAUGACGGAGUACAAGGACAAGGCUGCGACAGACGAGUCGUCGAUGCUGAAGCUGCAGAAGGAAAAGCGCGAGUUGCUCCGACAGCGUGAAGAGCAGGACCAGCGCAUUGCGGCAGCAGAAGCGCAUGCCAAGGCGCUCUUAGAAGAGUUCAAGAAUGUGGCGCCAGAGCCCCCUGUUCCCACGGAUGCCUGGCAACUCUGGGUGCGAGAGCCAGCUCGCGAGGCGUUCAACGUCCAGACUGAUGCCUACAGGGGCCAGUAG